UGUUUGAGUGCGGAACUAACCACGCCAUACAAAAGAGCUAAAAUGGCGCUUCAAAGGAAAAAAGACGGGGGCCCGAACGCAAAAUUUUACGAGACUGUAGAAACAAUCGCACAGUUUGAUUCAGUUCGAACAUGGCUGUAUAAAAACUGCAAAAAGUUUACUCAGGCUGAUCCACCCACCAACAAAGGACUGGCCAAUCUCACUGUGCAGUUGCUGCAGUUUCAAGAGGAAACCUUUGGCAAGCAAAAUACAAACCCAGCCCUCACAAAGCUUCCAAAUCGCCUGUUUCUUGACUUUAAACCUGGAGGUGCUUUAUGCCAAAUAUUUGCUGCUGUUUACAAGUUUAAAAGUGAACAGGGAUGGAGACGUUUCGAUUUCCAGCUGCCUUCCCGAAUGGAUCGCAAUGUUGAGAUGUUUAUGCAGAUUGAAAAGUCACUUGUGAAUCAGAAAUUACUGCAGUUGCCAUCCAUUUUCAUCCGACCAGAUGUGGACAAAAUCUUGCAGCCAAAGCUGAAAGAUAUCAUCAAGAGACAUCAGGGAACCAUUGCAGAUAGUGAGGAAAAUGCUACACACAUUGUGUACACGCUGCCUUCUCAUCCACCACCAGAUGAGGAGUACUUCAGGCCUGUAAUGAGAAGAGAUCGUGACUGUAUGGUGCACUGGUGGUAUUACCCAGAAAGCUACGAUACCUGGGUGACUGAUGUAGUCCUUGAUUAUAAUAUUGAACCACCAGUCCCAAAGCAGCGAGAUGGUCCUUGGGAGGUGUCAGCUCGAUGGUUGUUGGAUUUGGAAGAAUUCAAUGAGUGGAUGACGGAGGAAGAUUAUCUGGUUGAUGAUGAGUUUGAGCCGGAAACUAAAAGGGGCAAAAAGUCUGGCUUGUUGCGACUAACUAUGGAAGAUAUUCAUGAAAAUCAGGACUCUGACAGACAGGGAAAGCGGCAGAAGAAAACUGCCAAGCGUAAACGCUCACCAUCUCCACAACAAGAAAAGCUCAAGAGGAAAAGCUCUCGUACUUCAGCGAUCAGUGGCCCCAGGAAGAAGGGGCGCUGGGAAGAAGAAGAGGAAGACCUCACCAAAGACAUGGAGGAUCCACCCUCUGAACCAAGCAUUCAGGAGGUGCAGUUAGCUAAGCAAGUUUUCCCAAUAGUACCUGGAUCACGAAGUCAGAGAGACACAGAAAAUCAGCCAAUCAAAGGAGGCACUGUCAUGGACCUUGAUGAAGAAAUGGCUGACAAGGCAGAGGUCCCAAUGCCAGAAACUGCGACAGAUGAUGUGGACAAAAAACGUGAUGACAUGGAUGCAGAUGACACAUUGACUGAACAGACACAUCACAUUAUCAUACCCAGUUACUCAGCCUGGUUUGACUACAAUGGUAUCCAUGCAAUUGAGCGCAGGGCUUUGCCAGAAUUUUUCAAUUCUAAAAACAAGUCAAAAACUCCUGAAAUCUACAUGGCAUAUCGAAACUUCAUGGUGGACACCUAUCGUCUGAACCCGACUGAAUACCUAACAAGUACAGCCUGCAGGCGCAACUUAGCAGGAGAUGUUUGUGCCAUUAUGAGGGCUCAUGCUUUUCUGGAGCAAUGGGGACUAAUAAAUUAUCAGGUAGAUGCAGAUACAAGGCCAACGCCAAUGGGUCCCCCACCAACGUCACAUUUUCAUAUCCUGGCUGACACACCAUCUGGCAUUGCCCCAAUCAACCCUCCUCGAAUUAAUCAGCCAUCAGCAGCACAGCAGGUGGUGGAUCUUAGUGAUAAAAAGGAUAAAGAGGCAGAUGGAUCUCCAGGCCUUGGUUCAUUUGGGCUUCGAAUGGAUGCGUAUGCCAAAAAGAUGCUCAAGGACAAGGGUGCUGCGGCCAAGUCACGAGAAUGGACAGAUCAAGAGACUUUACUCUUGCUGGAGGCGCUGGAAAUGUACAAAGAUGAUUGGAACAAGGUCUGUGAGCAUGUUGGAAGCCGCACACAGGAUGAGUGCAUUCUGCACUUCUUGCGAUUGCCAAUUGAAGAUGGAUUCCUUGAGGAUGAUUUUGGUGGUCACUGUGGAGGAUUAGGACCUCUGGCAUAUCAACCAAUUCCAUUCUCACAAAGCGGGAACCCCAUCAUGUCUACUGUUGCCUUCCUGGCGUCUGUUGUCGACCCCAGAGUUGCAAGUGCAGCAGCCAAGGCAGCCCUUGAUGAGUUUUCACGGAUGAAAGAUGAGGUUCCUCCAACAUUAGUGGAUGCUCACACAAAGAUGGUUGCUGAGGCUGUGAAAGAGGGCAAACAGAUAACGCCUGAAUUUGGUCUCAGUGAUACAGGCAUUGCUGGCACGGGAAAUGACCCUCCAGAUGAUGGUAAAUUAGAAGAGACGAAGGAAGAUAAGAAAGAUGAAACCACAGAAAAGAAAGAUGAAAAGUCCAAGGAGGAGACGAUGGAGUUGGAUGCAACAGAGAUCAAGACUGAGGAUGAUCAGAAGGAAGAUAAAAAAGAGGAGAUGGAGAAAGAUAAAGAGGGGAAGGACAUGAAAGAAGAGACUGAGAAAGAAGAGAAGAAAGAGGAGAAGAAGACUGAAGAAGAAAGGAAAAAGGAAAAAGAUGCAGAAGGUGUCACAGAAGAAAAGAAAGACAGUGAAAAUGGAACGCCUGCUGCUUUGACAAAGACCGAUGAGGACAAAGAUAGACCAAGAGAAGAGAAGAGUCCUGAGAAGAAAGCGGAGGAGGAGAAACUACAGGAAGAUGCAGCUGCUAGCAUUUCAACAGCUGCAGCAGCAGCAUUAGCUGCAGCUGCUGUAAAGGCGAAGCACUUAGCUGCAGUGGAAGAGCGAAAGAUAAAGAGUCUUGUGGCACUGCUUGUAGAGACACAAAUGAAAAAGCUUGAAAUAAAACUGCGGCACUUUGAGGAACUGGAAACAAUUAUGGAUCGUGAGCGGGAGGCUCUGGAGUAUCAAAGGCAGCAGUUGCUUCAGGAGAGACAGCAGUUCCACCUGGAGCAGAUCCGUGCUGCAGAGUAUCGAGCACGUCAGAUUGCAAUGACACAGUUGGCAGCUGAGCAGAGACAGCAAGCUGCAUCUACAGCCUCUCCUGACCAGGGUGGCCAGCCAACAUCUAUUGUAGCAGCGGGAUCGGCAGCUUCUCAGAACCCAGCCUUGGCAGCAGCUGUCGGACAAGGGGGCUACCCAAUGCAUGGCUCCCCCAUGCCUCCUCAGGGACCUCAGGUUCAGGCCUCCACCAUGUCGCAAGGCUCCCCAGCCCCUCCUACUCCAGCAGCAACCUCCAGCACAGUCCAAACAACACAGUCUUUGCACCAGGCACCUUUGUCGAUUGGAUCCACAGGUGGGCUAGCUUUAUGUUCAGGUGCCAAAGAUUGUUCUUCCUCUCCACCCAACCAGGUGUCAGGUGAAGGAAUGGAAACAGGUGAGGGAAAGCCCCCUGCCUCACCCUUGCCUUCAUCCACUGCCUGUGCCCCAACCUCAGGUCUCCCCCAGUCAGACCAGUGCUGCUCAGAAGAGCAGCAGCAGCAGCUCACUCCGCAGGCUGACUCUCAGAGCAACAACAUAUCUCAGCCAUCCAGUCUGGAACAGGAAACCCAGGCUUCCUCCAUACAGCUGCCAGCUACUCAGACACAAACCAUACCACCACUGGUGCCUCUUCCAGAUCAGGGCGAAGGUCCUGGAGGGACAAGUGAAGGUUCAGAAAACAGCUGCACAGUUCCAGGUUCCUCUUAACUUAUGUCACAUGCUUCCUCAUUUGUAUUCAUUUCAUUUGGACUGGCACAUCCAACACAUUUUAAAUACAGAUACAAAGACUAUGUUGGUGCUCUUGCUUGUGUUACCAGAGCAGUUGCAAAGUAGUGAAGAUGUGUACAAAGGAGGUAGAAGGCUGAGUGUAUGUUAUAGAAUGCCACGUUGCUUUACCUGAAUCAUUUUUCAGAUGCCAUAACAGCUGUUUUUGUCUAAAAUCUUACAACUACUCUAAAGGGACAGCUGAAGCUAAAGCUGCCUUUAUCCUUUCAACUCAGCUGUGGUAAAAUUGCUAAGAUUUAGUUAAUCUUGAGUGUUGACACAGGCAGACAGUCUCUUAAUAGUCACUGGCCUAUGGGAGGCCAAGAACAAUGAAAAAGGCAGAGCUCAGAACAUUUCUAUUUCUGUGGUUAAAAAUAAAAUGUUUAUUGAAUCUCAGCAUGUUCUACAUGCAUGCUUUCUUACAUUUCUUGCACACAGAACCUGGCUAUUUUAGAUUUAAAUCUUGUUGCCUGGUAUAAAGAGAACAAUUCAAUCGGAGAGAUGUAACUUUUUUUUGGAGGGAGGUUGUGAUGAUGGUAACCAAAUGACUGUUUGAUGGAAAAUUUCAGCCUGGUUUCCAUUUGUGGUGAAUUUUCCUGUUUGAUGGACUUUGAAAUGAAAACACUUGUAGAAAAGACUAUUUUCUUGCUUUACUGUAGAAAAUUGUGUAACAAUUCAUGAUUGAAUAAAGUUGGUAAGUGGUAAGAUUUUAUAACAGUGUUUCCUAUCCUUAAAAUUCAAUGAUUUUUAUAUUCACAUUUAAAAUUCUUUGAAGGUUUUCAGACCACAUAAAAUUAUUGGGGGUUUUAUCGACCAGCAGCAGAAACAGGUGCACCUCAAUAUGCAUGCAUUUAUAUUGUGAUGUUGAUCCUUGAUGUGCAAAAAACUGCUUUAAUAGGUGUCAUGAUUUUAUACAUGACCUCACAAGAUUUGAUAACUAGCAAUGACAAAAUAUUAGGUGAAGAAACUUGUUAGAAGAUAUUUUGUUUAAGAAAAGAGGCUUUGAUACCUUACUCUGUAAUUUCUUUAUGGAAAUAAAAUAAUUUUUUGGUUUUUGGUUAGUCUGCAUUUGCACCCCACAAAUGCUUGCUAUUAAGCAUGGAAAUUGCGGAAGUGUAGUAGUUUUGGUCAUGAUUUUUCUUAUCAUGUAUGAUAAAGUAAACACUGUUGUCAGCAAUCUGAUCUGUAAUUUUUAUCACUGUAAGAAGUUAGCAACAUGUACAUAGAUAAAAGUACAUUGUGUCUGUGCUAGGUGUGACGAUAUUUGCAUGUUAUCCCACUUCAUAUUUUUCGCUUCAUUAGAGAUAGACCAUUUUUUAAGAAAAUCUUUUUGAAAGAGUGCUGCAUAAUGUGUUCACACUAAUGGAUGUAGAUGAAUGCUAAAUAGAUAUCUGAAUACCUGGUCUGGCAUCUAAGUCAUGAAAACCCUUGUAAUCUUCCUGUCUGUGGUAAACAUUUUCAACAAUUCGUCAGUAGCAGAUUGCUCCAUCAAAGGCAGCCCUGUUAAAAUGAAUGAGAUUUUUCAUUUGAAACAGUUGUUUUACUCCAUUCUACUUUGACAACAUUAACAGUGUGUAUACUCCAUUCUCCCAUUAAGUCAGCCUCAAUUGAAUAAUUAUGAAAGUCAGUUUCGUCUUUAGAAAUGUUAUCAUAUAAUAUUUUGAUUGCAUCCUUCCACACAUUACCAUCUCUUUCAAAUGUUUAUGAUCAGAAAUGUUUCACUUCAUUUUCUUUUUAUUUGUUCAAAUAGCUUAUGUAGUUAGUAAAGUAUCUGGAUCCAUUCAUUGAAUCACCAUUGUAUCGUGGAAGUGUCUGAAUAUAAUAAAUUGUAUUUGAUAUAA